UACAAUAAACGAGUAUUGUUUUUUCAUCCUCACUAGUGUCUUCCGGGAAGAAAGUUCUUGUCAAGGACUCCGCUGACUCCCGUUCGCUAAGUUAAAAUGAUGAAAUUUAAAUAAUAACACUUAUUAAAUUUCGUAGUCGACACAAGGUGCCCUCUUUUGGAUAGUGCUAUUAUUUAUUAAAUUGUGCUGAAUUGUAACGUAAAAUGUCAGAAAUUCGGCUUAGUUUAUAGUGAAAAUGUGUAACAAUCUGUGGAAUUGCAUAUGAAGAAAACGACGAUGCUGAGUCGUUGGAAAAGUAAAGACAAGUCGGAGAAGUCCGGCAAAACAUCUAGUGGCAAGAAGAAACGUAAAGGACGUGAUAAUGAAGAUGACUGGCAAGCAGAUGGCAGAAUUGAUGGUGGGUUAUCUGAUGGAGAAGCAACUCGUUCAGCCCCGCGAAGCCGGUCUUCACGUCGUGAUGAUCCGAGACGCCACACACUCGCUGGAAAUCAUCUAUACCUCCAUUCUCAUCAUCCUGGAGAUCUUAACAAUUCUGAGCUUGAACCACCAUUACCAAGGGGCUAUCUCCCGCAAACGUUGUAUUACGACGAUGAUCCCGGUGUUAUGUCAGAGGUUGAGACCUCCUCCACUGGGUUUAGACGCGGAGGAAAGCAAAGAUCAUCAUUACCAGUGGUUCGCACACCUAGUAAGACACUCGAAAGACCUUUAGGUCUUGUGUUUUUACAAUACCGCAACGAGACUAAAAGGGCUCUGCUACCGAAUGAAAUCACAUCGCUCGACACCGUAAAAGCUUUAUUUGUACGAAGUUUUCCGAAGCAGCUCACAAUGGAUUACUUAGAUAGUCCAUUAGUCAAGGUUUAUAUACAUGACAGCUCAAAGGAUAUGUUCUAUGAACUAGAAGACCACAGGGCUCAUCUUCGGGACAUCAGGGACCGCUCCGUUCUUCGAUUGUUUGAGUCUAAAGAUUUAAACGGUGGUGUCUUUCCUGGAGCUCUGGGUGUUGGUUCAGUCAGGCUUCCAGCGCUAGCCGCCAGCAAUUCAUCAAACGCUAAUUUGGAGGAUCAAAGUACAUACUUCAGCGAGCCAGAAAUCGAUUCCGACCACAUUCACAACAUUCACAAAGCAAAGACGAAGCCCCCAGCCUACUACAUGGGUCCCGCGGCGCCUAGCACUUUACCAAGAGGGGGCACAGUACUUCGUGCAUUUUCACCGGCAGCACCGCCAGUACCUGCUGAUCGUGGGAAGACCAUUCCUCCACCAGGUCCACCGGUCAAGCCAGUUCGCUCCUACGUUCCAGGCACUGGCUCUGAGAGGUGUUUUCCAUUCUCCGCCAGUGAUUGCCCCCGGGGUACAGAUCAACUUUACACAAUCCCUGCACACUCAAGCGAGGGUUACAUGUCAUCCCCUGAACGCAGUUCUGCUAGAGUACCAUACGAAGAUCCAUACUAUGCGCAGUUCUUGGGUCCAGCGGGCUCAAGACCUGGAAUCAAUCCUGUUAUCGAUGAGGAGUCAAGUGAUGGUGUUAUUAUUGAUGACUCUUACCAAAUGUAUGGCGUUAAUGCUAUCACGACCGCGCCUCGUCCAAUGCCGAGGCCCCCAUACGAUGCCAGGUUGGGUCCGCCCGUUGAUGAUAUGCAACGUCUAAGAGUAGAAAAAAUGGAACGACAACUCGCAAAUCUUACUGGACUAGUCCAAAAAGCUCUUCAGGUACCUGGAAGCACACCAACACCCGCGGUGGCUCCCAGACAAGAUUUUCAUCCGCCACGUGCUAAUCAAGAUGCCGGACAUUUUGCCAGCGCCGAGAGACCUCCCAAAUUGGGGAGGGAGAGAUUUCAGAAAUCUGUGUCGUUCGAGAAAUCGGUAUCAUUCAGCGAUGAUCCUCCAGACAUGAACUCACCGAAACAGCAUUCUCCUCAGCAUGCAGCUGAUACAAAACCAACAAAACCGGCAAUCAAGUCAUCCACAUUGCCGAGGACAUCAUCACAAGAACGCGAUCGACAUAAGCCAGCACCACCACCUAAACCAGCUGGCCUCGUUAGUCAGCCGUUGGCAUUAGCCCCUCAAAAGACCUAUACGGUCACCGUAACCUUGGACUUCUUUAGUGAGCUCCAUCAUCUUCAAAAACAGAGCCGAGAUCUCAGAAUAGAGACUCGUAACCUACGUCGUACCACAUUAUCUCACGCGAUGCAGAUGAGACAAAUGAUGGCUGAUACUAUAGUGAAAAUUGGUACACUCGCUGCAAGGUUUUGUGAGGAAGACCCGGAAUCCCAACUGACGCGAGAGGAAGAAAUUUACCGUCAAGACAUGCUUUUGUUAGAAAAUGAUUUAUAUGAACUAGAAGCAACUGUAGAGCGGCUUCGCGGACAAGCUGCUAACAGAUUGGAAACUCGAGUCAACAUGGCAGACAUUGAACGCAUUGCAAUGGUCCUAUCGAAGAGUAGCAAAACUGUAGCUGACUGGAAAUUGAAGUUCCCCGUUCUUCAGGAAACAAUGAAGGUGAAACUAGCAGCUGAAAUGGAAAAGGUGGUGCGUAAAGAGAAGAUGCUAGAAGAAGAACCAGAGCGGUUAGAGUUGGCAUUACGUCGAUGUAAGAAACUAACUGGGACUCUUGUUACUUUAAAAAGAUUGGCAUGUGUACAAGAACAACGUCUUCCAAUGAGCGAUGGACGUGUUUCACCAACUUCCUCUCAAAGUUCUACCACCGCUGGACCAUCUUCUGAGGAAUAUCACUCUGAAUCAACUUGCCACGUCUCACAGACUAACAAGGCAGCCGGCGGCGGGCGAGUGUGUACGUCCCGGGGAACAACGGACUUGCGGCCAGAGAACGCCCUCGAUGCGCUACUAGACGAGCUGCAGACGUUUGCCAAGCCCGCGGAGAGGAACGGCAGAGGCGACGGGCCUCUGAGAAGGCUGCAUUCCUAUCCCAGUGGAAGCGACACGGACGCCUCGCCGCCUGUCCGUGCCCGCGGGCAGCAUCCGCCCAAACCACCAGUUCCCGAGAGACAUCCAGAAUUGCUCGCAAUGGCCGCGCGCCGAGCCCCGCCGCCCCCACCGCCCCGUACCACAUCCCGCUCGCCCCUCGCUUCGCCCACUUCACCCCCCUCGCCACCCUGUACUGACAUAACCGAACAAAACGACGCGAACGCCCAAGCACGUCAGUCUCUUCUCGAACAACGGCACCAAGAAUUACUUAAAAAACAAAAGGCUCUCCAAGAACAAUACGCCCGCUUACAAAUGAUACAACGUAGCGGACCCACGUUGCCCAUUGGUAACCAUCCAGACUUAAAGAAGACGGGCAGUGAAUCGAAUUUACUCACCAAAAUGAACUUAAAUCUGGCCCCGGCUAACAUAUCGGGCAGCAUGACUCACUUAGCCGGCGAUAGUGAGAGGAAAAGAGGCGAUAGUUCCGAGACGCUCCCCGCACAGGAUAAAUGCGACUCGUUUGCCACCACAAACAAAGUAUAUGAGACUGACAUUCUGUGACCGUGUAAUUGUUCCGUUAUAUCAGUUUAAACUUUGUAGUUGUUUUAUAUAGUAUUCGAUACGUCACACAAAACUUCCUUUGUAUGUAAGAAAUUCCAAGAACUGAUCCUAAUCUUCCACGACGUUUACCUUUCCUCUUCCUUGCUAGAACUCCAUGUAUACCUAAUUUAGUAUUAGGAGUUUUAUUGUCUAUGUAUUUUUACCUUUAGAUAAUUUUGAUCCGCUGUACAAACGACAAGGCAAGUUUUACUGGAACAUGAUUUAAAUAAAUUUUAUAACAACAGUAACUUUUAAGGAACCUUUAAAUUACGUAAACAUAACGUGGCUGUUAAUCGGUGUUUAAUCCAUAGUAUAAGAAUUAUAAGUGAUAGGUGAAAUUUUACAUCACAAUAUUUUCUUAUUUAUUUUCCAAUAUUUUAUUAUAAUUGAGGUGAUUCGUGGCUAAUUAACGAAAGUAGUUUAAUGUCUAACACGAUCUAUAUAUCACACUUUUAAAUAUAAUAAUUAUCAUAACUAUGCACACUUUUGUAGGAACAUCAGGCCUAAAAUGAGGUAUUAUGUUACAUUCAUGACCUUUUAAAUUAAAAAGACAUUCAAAAUUUCAGCUAUUCUCGUGACGAAGUAUAACUUUUAUUACGCCGUCGAAUUCAAACGUUAAUUUUACUGUUAUAGGUUCUAAACAACAAUUACCGUUUUUAAAAUACCACAAUUUACACCCUCAAAGCGUCGUUGUUAUAUUCACUGUAUUGCCACAGACUAAAGCGUUAUUCAUACAAACUUAAACGUUCUUAUAAGACUUUUCCAUAUAAUAUUAAUAUAAUCAAACUUAUUACGUCUGUGUCGGGUUUCAUUACAGCGUAAAGAAAAUUUACUAUUUGAAACAGUGUAAGCAGACUGAUUUAGUUUUUGAAUACGAAGGAAUUAGGGCUUAAAAUACAUUCGGUUUUUAAUUAUACAUUUAUUAAUAUGUAAAAACUAACAUAUUUUACUAAUAUUCAUAAAUAAUUAGUUAUCCUAGACGAAAAUUUGCCUUUUGUAGUUAAAUUUAACUUAUAGUAUUUAAAAAUGUUUAAGAGUGCCAGAUUACUCUAGUUAAUGCACUUAGAAUUUGUUUAUUCGUUUAUCUUUUUGCCAGUAUUGAUUUUAAAUAAUACGUUUAUAUUUUUAAGUAAUAGUCGUUGCUUCAGUAUCAUACUAACAUCGCAUUAAAUGCAUAUGUUUUUACUUAUACGAGUUUCCAAUUGAGACUGACAGUGCUUGCACAGUAGGUACGGGUUAUCUACUUGCACAUUUAAAGGUUUUAUAUACUUAAGUCUUUUACAACGAAAAUCAUAAAGCCAAGAAAAUAACUAUUUAAUAUUUUUGACGGUAACAAUUAAAAUGCAAAAUUUUUAAAGAGUUUAUUUUAUAGAGGUUAUAUUUUAUUUAAAGUAAAUUUAUUACUUUAACGUAUUCAAUAGAGAAAAUAUACAGGUGACUUUCCGAAAGCCUCGAAAAAAAAGCUUACAACAAAAUUAUUAAUCAAUUACAACACAUUGCUAUAUGAUACCUUCCUGUUGAAUCCUAUUAUUACAUAUUACUAGAAUACAGGCUGAUUUUCAGUCUUUGCGCCUUACCAUACCAAAAUGGACGUUGCAUUAAUUAUUUGGUUGAACCUGAAUUCUUUGUACUUUAAUUAUCUGUGAUAAGUGUAAAGUUACCUAGGCAAUGCAUAUGAAUUGAACUAAAAUAUUUCUUUUUCUUUAGUAUUUUAUCGGAACCACACACAACGAUGUAACUUUUUGACAAUGUACUCGCUGAAUUCCGUCAAUAAUAAUAAAUAGUAAUAAGUAUUCUUUUUUCAUUUACAUGCCAGCAUAUAUAGGGGUAACGGGUUUGAGGUGAUAUUGUAUAUUUAAUUUUUAGCUCAAAAUAUCGCAGUAGUCUCGAAAUAGGCUAGACAUACGAAUAGGACGUAAGUUUGUAAAUAUUAUGUGUGAAUAUUCACGCUUAUUGAUCUUUUAUAUUGAUUGAUGCACUAUAGCUGUAGAUACAAUAAUGCAAUAUCUGAAAACCUCUUUUGCGCUUCACGAUACAGAGUGUAAUCAGAACGCUUCCGAAAACGAAACCAAGUCUUAAAUUGGAAAGUAAUGUGGUGUUUUUAUUCCUUAAGUAAUAAGCUUUUAUUGGUCUUAGUUUUCGGAAGUCUCUAAUAUAAAAAUAUAAAUGUAUGACUUAUUUUUUUAAGUUCGAUAUAAAACUAUUCGUUCUACGUAGCAAAAACUCUUGACGUUUGAGGUGUUGGUUAUAUAAGUUCUCAUUUUAAUAUAACACAUUCCACAGAGCCAAUAUGCUAAGGCUUCAUUUCAAAAGGGUGAAAUUAAAAUAAAAAGUAGUUUUGUUUUGACUUUUUUGAAUCUGCUCACUAAAGUGUUCCAGUUGCUCGCCUCUGCAUAUUUUUACCAUCAUCUCAAACGACCCAUAUUAUAUAAAAUUAUCGAGCACAAACUUAUGAAGCACUUAGAUUAAAUAAUUCGUGAAAAUGGAAGUAAAUUGUAUAAUAUUUGAUUUUAGACACAUCGUUUAAAAAUAAUGUGUUCAAUUUUUAUCAUGUCUAGUUUACGAUAAAGCUUUGAAAGCAACUGUCGGUGCUUUUAUAUGUUAUGUAAAUAAUUAUUUCUGUAA